GACUGGAGAAGGACUUCUGGUUUGGUGCAAUUACAUUGGCGCCGUCUGUGGGAAUCCGAACUAAAAGCUUUCUAGUUGCUCUUUCAUCAUGGUUCACACUCGAUCAGUCCGAGCUGGCAAUUCAUCUUUGCCUCAUGGGCAAGGUCAACCCCCCAACAACCUCCCACCUCUAAUCCCACCUCAAAUUCCAACUCAACUUCCACCUCAGCUUCCACCUCAGGUCCCAAUUAUGUUCCCUCCUGUUGAUCAUGCAGAAGGAGGAGAUGAAAAUCAACCUCAUCAGCAGUUUGGUGUUUUUCAGUUGGUACUGGCUCAGCUUCUGGCUAGAAAUAAUCCUGAUGAUCCCCUUAUUAAUUUACUAAACCCUGCUCAACAACCCCUAGCUCCACAACAAAACCCCCAACCGGUUCAACCUGCUCCCGCUGUUAGUGAAUCCCAAGAUCAAUCCCACAUAGCACCCGCUCAACAACCCAUCCCUGAUGAUGUUACCCGCCGCCUUGAUAGCUUAGAAAAGCUGGUAGCCGAACACCGAAGUGCCCCACCCCUGCACCAUGCUACUACUUCCAUACCUCACCCCCUGAAUACCAACAUCACGCUGGAACCCUAUCCUACUGGCUUCAAAAUACCACAAUUGGAAACUUAUGAUGGGACGAAGGAUCCCGAUGACCACCUGCACGCUUUUUACUCUUGCAUGCAAGCUCAGAACGCCUUUGACGCGUUAAUGUGCAAAAUUUUCCCCUCUACUCUGCGAGGUAAUGCUCGAACUUGGUAUUACAGUCUACCCCCGAGGUCGAUCAGCUCUUACACAGAAAUGGCAUCUGCCUUUGCCACUAAGUUUUCCAGUAGAAGGUUGAUUAGGAAAACUACUUCUGAGUUGAUGAGAGUUAAACAGAGGGACGGGGAGUCUCUGAAGAAUUACAUGAGCAGGUUCAAUGAUGCAGUAUUGGAGGUUAGUUCUUUUGACCAAGCUGUGGGCAUUGCGGCUGUAAUCGCUGGUCUCAAACAUGAUAGGUUCAGAGACAGUUUGAUCAAACAUGCUGCCACCACCUUUAGCGAGGUGAAUGAUCGGUCUCUUAAGUUUAUAACCGCUGAGGAGUAUGCCCUGGCACAAAACCCACCCCCCUCUAAGAACCAGAACCCAGAAUGGAGAGACGACAAUCUGAGUCGGAAAAGGAUGAGGAUGGCGCAGAACCGAGGUCCGAUGUUGACCUCCCCACCGAGAUUCGGAAGGCCGAACUCAACACCUCAGCAACAGUCUGCAGAGCAGUGUAACAGUUUAAAGUCCGAACUGGAAAGUUUAGCUCAGAAGGGAAUGCUGAAUGAGUAUGUACAGCGAGCUGAACAGCCGAGGUUUGUCAGAGAACAGAGGCCGCAGCCUCAAGGAGCCCGUAAUCCCCCAAAUAGGCAAGGUGUGGGAUAUCAACAAACCCCAUCUCCACUCCCACCACCAGCUAGAAUCAUACAUAUGAUUACGGGAGGCCUCGAAGCAGGUGGACUGAGCUCUAAGCAGCGAAAGCUGUAUGUCAGGGAGGUUAAACAUCAAAACCGAGCUCAGAAGAGGAAGAUUGACGAUGCUGAAUGGAAGAAUCAACCAAUUACUUUCACAUCCGCUGAUCUCGAUACAGUUGUUACACCCCACAAUGAUCCUUUGGUCACUUCUGUCAUGAUUAACAACUGUGAAGUACAGCAUGUCCUUGUUGACACCGGGAGUGCACCAAACAUCAUGUACUUCCACUGUUUCGAGAGUCUGGGACUAGAUCCAGCACUGUUGCAGAAGUAUGAUGGUCCUAUCUAUGGUUUCAACAACCAGCCUGUUCCAGUAGAAGGAGUUCUUACCCUCCAUGUGGCUUUUGGGAGUGGCCGGACCUAUGUAACCCCUUCAGUCCGAUUCCUCGUCGUCAAAAUGGCCUCUUCUUUCAACAUUGAGGUGGCUAGACAUUGUUAUAUCACCUCGGUAACACAACCCAUGAAGGGCAAAGCUCAGACACCCGAGGCCAUUCCUCAGCGAAUUCCUGAUAAUCAGCAGGAUAUGGGUGUAGAGAUCGUCGAUAAUCGACCCGAAGAUGAAACCAGAGCUGCUCCGGUCGAAGAUGUUGAAGAAGUGCUCGUUGAUGACAGAGAUCCGAGCCGAAAAACGCAGAUCGGAACUAGAUUGAACCCGGAGGAGAGAGCAGAACUGAUAGCUUUUCUCCGAGCUAACAAUGAUGUAUUUGCAUGGACUUCGGCAGAUAUGCCAGGAAUUCCAACUUCAGCUAUUAAAGAAGAGGUAGAGAAACUCCUACAAGCUGGUUUUGUCCGGAAAGUUGAUUACUGCGAAUGGGUGGCUAACCCAGUCCUGGUGAAGAAGGCCAAUGGUAAAUGGCGAAUGUGCAUUGAUUACACAAAUCUUAACCACGCCUGCCCUAAGGAUUGUUAUCCAAUGCCGAGCAUUGACAAAUUAGUUGAAGCGGCUUCAGGCAAUGAGAGGUUAAGCCUCUUGGAUGCAUAUUCUGGGUAUCACCAGGUACCGAUGGCUCCUGAAGACGAAGAGAAGACCUCAUUCUAUGCUGGCGAUGAAAUUUAUUGCUAUGUUAUGAUGCCGUUCGGCUUAAAGAAUGCAGGUGCUACUUAUCAUAAAAUGGUAACCAUAGUCUUCCGAGCUCAGAUCGGCAAGAAUCUAGAGGUGUAUGUGGAUGACAUCAUAGUAAAGAGUCUGAAGGCAGAAAACCAUCUAGCCGACCUUGAUGAGACCUUUAACAACCUCAGAAAGAACCGGAUGCGGUUAAACCCAGCCAAGUGUAUCUUCGGAGUGGAGUCUGGAAAGUUUCUAGUUGUCACUUCGGCCAAGAAGUUGAGGCCAUAUUUCCAGUCACACCCAAUCAUCGUCCUCACAGAUCAACCCCUCCGGCAGAUUCUGCAGAAACCAGAGUGCUCUGGAAGAUUAAUUAAGUGGGCAGUAGAACUGGGGGAGUUUGAGAUCACGUUUCAGUAGAGGUCGGCCAUCCGAGCCCAAGCAUUAGCAGAUUUUAUUGUUGAAUGCACCCCAUGUCCCUCAACCUCUACUCCAGAACCCAACGAAUGGACCUUAUAUGUUGACGGAGCAUCUAGUAGCAAAGGUUCAGGGGCUGGAGCUCUCUUGAUUGGGCCAGAUGGUUAUCGAAGCGAACAUGCUUUGAAGUUCAACUUUGAUGCGACAAAUAAUAUGGCUGAGUAUGA